AUGCGCAGUGCCUCGAAGUCGACGGGUGCCGAUCUGUCCUCGUCUUCGCUGCCGGCGCCGUCUGCUGCUCCCACCGCCGUCACAGUCACAACUGAGACACCAGUAGAGCCGGCCACCGCCAUCGCCGCGGCAGACAAGGACGGCGCUGAGGCAGAGCUGAGGCAGCGCAGCUGGAAACCCAUCAAAGAUGGGCGCUUCCGCAUCGCCCUCACCCAUCACCACGCCAGCAGUGACGAUGACACUGGAGCGGCGCCAUUGUCUUUCACGAGCACCGCGCUGGAGGAUGUCAGCGACGACGCCGCGGCGUCGUCACUCAGCGAACAGGUCUGCCGCACCCUCUCGAGCACCGCCCGGUGCAACGAGUGCAGACCCAGCGAGCCGCACAUCGACGUCCGUGUGGAGGCAUCGCUGGUGAACGCGAUCAACAGUGCCUACACCUCCACAGGGUACCCCUUCGUCGUCACCGCCGGCAGCGCACGCGGUGCCGUCUACGGCUCCUUCAUCGACCUCAGCAACCCGUCCCUCAGCUCCCUCGAGCUGCCGCCGCCGCAGUCCAUCAUUGUCGCCCCGAGCCACGCUAGCGACGCUGAUCGUCUGCCGGCGCACGGCCUCACGGUGAUGGACACCUUGCUAGCGAUCCGCUGGAGCCGCGGCGACCGCAUAAUGCAGACUGCUGAGGUGGCCGCCGUCGCGCAGGCGAAGCAGACCCCGUCCACGACAGCUGCCGGAGCCGCCGGCAGUCCGCACACGCCAGUCGUCGCACGCGCCAUCGCCCACCACCUGAACCAGUUCCCGGAGGGCAUCCACGCCAUCCACUCGUCUCCAGCACUGCGGCAGCUCCUGGUAGAAGGCACCCUACCGACAACGCUGGCAAGCACACCUUCGGCGCCGAUGAACGCGGCCGCGCACGCACCGGCCUCGGCGAGCGGCGGCGCUGGCAGCAGCAGUGCGGCAGCAGGAGCGGCGGCAGCGGCAGCGCCGUCCAUCACCACCACCUCCGCGGCGCCGCAGCUGUCGAAUGCAGAGGCAAAUGUGCCACCGCUGCCGACGCCGCCGCAGAGCAACGCCCCUGUGCAGCACACGCUCGUCAGCGCGAGCACCUUCAACCACGUCUCCGUCUACUUCGUUGCCCACCAGGACGGGCAGCUGCUCUACACGGCGCCGAUACAAAGCCUCUCCGCCAGUAUUGCGACGCGCAAGGUGACGGCGCACCACCUCAUUCUCGUAGGGCGGGAGGAGGUGGACGCGCUCGUGGAGGACCCCUUCACACCGUACACGACGAUGCCUCCCCAGCGCACCCGCAGCGCCUUCGCGCAUGUUCCGGUUGCCAGCGAGGCGGCCGCUGUCUUCUUCAACUCCAAAACAUCGCGCUUCGUUGGCGCGGAUGCCCGCAAGCGGACCGUUGCCGCCGCCCCGCUUCGCUUCAGCGUCGAGCCGCACCUUCUCCUCGGCAACCAGAACGGCGACAUCUUCCUAUUCAGCCUCCUGCAAGAGCGCAUUGUGCAGCAUGUAAACUACAACGCCGGCCGACCGGGCGCGAGCGGCAGCAAGGGGGCGGGCAGCAAGCUCGUCUGCUCCCCCGUCUCGUGCAUCGCAGAGGUGCAGAACGGCAUCGAGAAGCGCAUCACGCGCAUGGUCGAGUCCGCCGCCAUGGCAAAGCGCAACCGCCGACGGUCCUUUGACAGCGACGGCGUCCCAACCGGCUUCCACGCCAGCGCCCAGGCCGCGGCGCCGUCCCACUACUACUACGACGUCCCCCCGUCCCUCUACGCUGUCGGCUUCGACGAUGGCCAGAUGCUGAUCGUGUGCGUCACGUGCGAAGGCGGGUGGAUGCUGCGGCACCUCAACAACCACCACUUUGGACUGCGGCCAAUCCACUCCAUCGCCGUGCGUGUGCCGUCCUUCUACGCACGGCUGUGGACCAGCUACCUGCCCCCGAUCACCCCCGCGGACCACGGCAGCAAGUCCGCGGUCGCAGCACCGCCCCCCAUCACCACCCUCAUCACGGCCGAGUCGGCGCUCACUGUGCACGAGGAGGAGCAACUCGUGGCAGCCGUAUCGUGCAAUGGCGGCGCCAUCGCGCUGGUGCGGCUGCCCGGGAUGGAGGUCAUCUCCUCCGUUGCCCCGACCGCCUACAACGCCGUCGGCGAGAUCCUGGCGCUGCAGUGGACCGCCACGUCGCCGCGCUACCUGCUGACGCCGGAUAUCCUCGUCGCCUCCGGCGAGGACGACACGAUGACUGCCUUUCAGCUGCUCACGCAGCUCCUCGUGACCACCAGCGAUGGGAACCACCACAACGGCAACGAAAACGUGUCGCGCAUGUCGUCCACGGAGUCCACGCCGGCGAAUGCGCGGCUGCGCAUCCUCGAGAAGAGGCGGUUCCACCGCAGCUGGGUCACCCGAUUGAACCUGAUGCCGGUGGUCGUCCCCGCCGCGACGGUCAACGCAAAGGUCGCUGGCAGGUCGAGCAGCGGCGGCAUGCCGCAGUACCUCGGCGUGUGCCUCGUCGCCUCCUCCUAUGACCACCGCACCUCUUUCUGGCCGUACAUGUUCAGUGGGCAGCAGCAGCAGCAGCAGCAGGGAGCCGGUGAGGCGGAAGGCUCCAGCAGCGCCAACGCUGCGGCAUCAGCGUGGAGCCUGGGUGAUGGUGCCAGCAGUGUGGAGCAUGUGGACUCGCUGAUGUCGGGCUUCACCAACAACAACGUCCCCUUCGGCACGAUUGCGGUGCCGGAUCGGUAUGUGCUCGUCGACGGCCCGACAACGGCGUACCCGCUGCACCUGGAGCUCGUCAUCGACGCUGCGGCCGCCGGCGCCGGCACAAGCUACUUCCUGACGACGGUGUGCUGCCGUGGCAAGCUAAAGUUCUGGUCCGUGCAGGUGAAGGUCUAG